CUUAAGGGACCAUCCGUAGUCGUCUGAUGGCCUGCGAUCGUCAGUAUCAAGUUGCAACUCGUCCACGAUGGCUGAAGAACGCAAGGUUACGGUCACGCUACCCGCUGGCACCAUUAUCGGGCAGAAGCUGGCGCUACCGAAUGGCGCCGAUUGUUUCGUGUUCAAGGGCAUACCGUACGCCAAGCCUCCGGUCGGUGAACUUCGCUUUAAGCCACCGGUUCCGUUGGCAUCAUUCGCGAGUGAUCCUCUGGAGUGUCUGACCGAGGGCCCAUGUAGUUACGCCGAUGAGUCCCGUUUUCCGAUGCCAUUCGUCGAUCACAAGUCGGAGGAUUGUCUCUAUCUGAACGUGUUCUCGCCGAACUUGCAACCAGCGAACCAGCUAUAUCCGGUUAUAGUUUGGGUGCACGGCGGGGGGUUCUUUGUAGGAUCGGGACAUUCAGCUCAGUACGAUCCGGAGUAUCUAGUGCAGCAGGGUGUGAUCGUCGUAACGAUCAACUAUCGCCUUGGACCGCUAGGGUUUCUUUGCCUCCCUAGUGUCGGCAUAACCGGUAACAUGGGGCUGAAAGAUCAACGGAUGAGCUUCCGGUGGGUACGGGAAAACAUCGAACGGUUCGGAGGGGAUCACAAUAAUAUCACCAUCAUGGGCGAAAGCGCAGGCGGGGCCUCAGUACAUCUGCAUUAUCUCAGUGAGGGGUCACGGAAGUACUUCCACAAGGCGAUCGCUCAAAGUGGAACGGCAUUUAACGAGUGGGUAUGGCAGCGAGACCCGGAACUUCGUGCCCGGAACCUGGCACGCCUGCUCGGUGCGACCGAAAGCGACUCAGACGAGGCAAUUCUCUCGACGCUGAUGGGUGCUUCGGCCGAGAAGAUGACCACCCUGCAGUUCCAGGCCAUGACCGAGUACGAACAAUCGUGGCUUCUUUGCUUUCCCUUCACGCCGGUCAUAGAACAGCAAUCCGAUGCCGGAAGCGAGGAUGCCAUUCUGACGGAGCAUCCGACCGAGGCAGCCAAACGAACCUUCCAGAGGGAGAUCCCACUAAUGAUGGGUACUACACAGGAGGAAGCAAUCGGUUUGUGGAGCUUUGUGGUAGAGAAGCUCCCAAUGUUCCAGAACGACCCCGGUAGACUGCUACCGGCGACACUGAACGUUCGAGAUGAUCGGCAAGCCCGCCAACUUGCUACCGAUAUGACGAUGGCUUUCUUCCUCAAGAAUCGUCCCAUCGCAAGCGACACUAUCGCGGAUAUGAUUCCGGUUUUGAGUGACAAUUUCAACACGUAUGCUAUGUUCCUGGCCGCAGAAUUGCACGCACGUUAUCAAGGUGCACCAUUGUACUGCUUCGUGUUCUCGUACGUGGGCGAGCUGAACGUGUUUAGAGAUCGUCUUAACAUACCCCCGGAGCAAACGGCCGCUUCACACGGAGAUGAAGUCUACUAUCUGUUCAGCUCCUCCCUGAUGAACACACAAUCCAUCGACGAGGCAUCGGAUGCGGCAAAAUUUCGAUCGUUUUGCUGUCGUAUCUGGACCGACUUCGCACGCACCGGCACUCCGCGUGCAACCGUCGAACAAUGGAGUACGGUACCGAGGAUGAGCGAUUCGGUUACAAGAUUCCAGCUACCGGCUCUGGAAUUGAAGAGCAGCGCACCGAUUGAGAACGUAAUGAUUGAGGAUUGUUUCGCCGAGCGGUUCCAGUUCUGGAACGGCCUGUUCCAACAGUUCAAUGGAUCGCAUCUGCUUCCCAAAGUGGAUUAAAAAUUCACCCUAAUCGUCAUUGAAUUGUCUUUAUUAAAAAUACAAAAUACCCAAAUACC